ACCGCCCUCCGCCUCCUGCGGCGCCGCCUCCGCCACCACCCGCGGCUCUCCCCCUACGACCUCCGCGUCCUGCUCUGGGCCUCCUCCUCCCUCGACUCCUUCCGCCCCGACCACGCCCUCUACUCCUUCCUCGCCCGCUCCCUCGCCUCCUCCGCCCGCGCCCCGCAGCUCGCCCUCCUCCUCCGCCGCGUCCUCUCCCACCCCUGCCCCUGCGCCGACGCCUCCGUCUUCGCCUGCCCCCACCUCGAGCCCACCUUCCGCGCCGCCCUCCCCGCCCUCUGCCGCGCCGGCCUCCUCCACGACGCCGCCCACCUCCUCCGCGCCCUCCGCCGCGCCCUCGACGCCCGCCCCGCCCCCGCCCUCUACAACGCCCUCCUCCACGGCUUCGCCCGCGCCGCCCGCCACGCCGACGCCCUCCGCCUGUUCGACGAAAUGACCCGCCGCGACCGCGUCCGCCCCGACGCCUGCACCUUCAACAUCCUCAUCGCCAGCGCCUGCCGCAGCUCCGGCGUCGCCUCCGCCCUGCCCUGGCUCCGCCGGAUGACCUCCGCCGGCUGCCGGCCCGGCGUCGUCACCUUCAACACCCUCAUCGGAGCAUUCUUCCGCGAGAAGAAGUUUGCGGAGGGCGUCGGCAUCGCACGCGAGAUGCUCGAUCUCGGCACCGGCUUCUCCGUCGCCACCUGUGAGAUUCUCGCCGACGGGCUGUGCAAAGAAGGCCGGGUUAUCGAAGCUGUAGACCUCCUCACCGAGUUCUUGGUGAGCGGAGCCUUGCCCGAGGGCUUCGAUUGCUCGGCGCUGAUCGAUUCUCUGUGUUGGGAAGGAGAAUUAGAGAGGGCAUCGGAGCUGUUCGAUCUCGUGUGGGAGAAGAGGAGAAGCUCGUUGAGCGUGGUGACAUGCACCACUCUGAUGGAGGGCCUGAGGAAAUUUGGGAAUUUGGAUGCGGCGUGCGGGUUGAUGGAGAGAAUGAUUGAGGAGGGACUGGUUCCUGAUACAAUUACCUGCAACUGUCUUUUGGAAGCUCUGUGCGAUGCCGGGAAAACGUCGGAUGCUAAUAGACUGAGAGUGUUGGCCUCGAAGAAGGGUUUCGAGCCGGACGGUGUGACGUUUAGUAUAUUGGUGAGGGGGUUUUCGAGAGAAGGGAAGGGGAAGGAGGGGGAAGGUGUGUUGGAUGAGAUGCUGGACGGAGACUUUAUACCGAAUAUCGCCACAUAUAACAGAUAUUUAGAGGGACUUCAAAGGGGGAAAUAAAUGUUUUUGGGUAGAGGGACAUUCCUCCCUUGUGAGAAGAUCUAAUAAAGGAAUUUGGCCUCUGAUAGAGGUUUUAGUGCCAUUACUCAAACAGAUUGUGAGAGUAUUUGAGGCUCAACGAGGGAGACACUCUGCGAAGCUUACUCGUGAUUUGUUGCAAACGUUGGUGCCUAUUUAGCUUUGCUUCUAGAACAUCUUCUUACUUCAGAAGGUGGAAGUUAGACACUCGUCAAGUGAAAGAUCUCCGGCUUCUCUUUACUUGAAGCUGAAAUGAGUUUCUAGUUCUCAAAAACUAAAACUCAAAUCCAACUCUGCCGAAGUCUAAAGCUGUAGGGACGGUUUCAAUUGAGAAACUCUUGGUGACACAUUUUGCGUAACUUUACGCAACUAGAAGCUCCAUCUAGACAAAUCAGGCCAUUUAUUGGAUGUUGCUGUUUGUUGCAAACUCUGGAAUAUUUGAGCUGUUACUGGGAAAAAUGGAAGGAUUUCGAGAGAGCUUAGAGUAAUAGCAUUUGGUCUAAAGCGGAUUCAUCUGAAGAUCUAGUAUUCGUUUCUUCUAUAUUGGAUCAGAUUCACUAUUUCUGAGCCAGAACUAUUUCUGAGCCAGAAACUUAAACGGAGAGCCCCAAAUGAACCAGAAAACACCUCAGAUUUCUCACGGAAGUGAAGAAUAAUUGGUGAAGAAAUUCUUUUGGUCAUGAGAACAAUCGCGUAUCCCUGUCUGGAAACUGCCUCAUCGAGUUGCAAGUCAUUAAUAAUGCGAGUGAAUUAAAUUUAAAAGAGCUGUUAACAGCAAAAAGAAAUUGUUUAUUGUUCUUUUUCUAUAACAGUAUGCUACAAGUCCUCUCUAUGGGAGAUUUUUCUGUGUAUUCAAUGAGAAACCUGUAGGUAGAUUACAUUGAAGCUUGACAAAACAAACCAGAUCACAAGAUGAUGAUCGCAAGUAAGACUAGGUCUUCAAAAGUGUUGAGACUAUGACUCUGUUGUGUAGAUUUGGAUGAAGAAUGAUGAAGAAAGGUGAGAGAAAAUAGAAAAUUACAAAAAAAAAAAGGGGCAAUUUGGAAUUACGACUCAUAUAGAAGGACUUUUAAUAGUUUUUAGAAGGCUAAUGGAUAAAGAAACUGAAAUUAUUACAGUAGCAGAGUUGCUGGAGAUUAU